UAAUAGCACUUCUCCCGUGACGUACUGACUCGCAGUCUCCUCGGCCAAUCAGAGACGCGAAAGCAGAUCACUCGGCGCACAGCACGGGGACAGGAUAUCCUGAAGUCUGAGGACAAAAUGGCAGCCAAUGACAGCAUUCUCAAUUCAGCUUACCUGGCUAUUGAAUACAUAGACUCAUUUCUACCUGAAAACCCUCUGCAACGGCCUUUCAGAUAUGCUUGGACUUAUAUGCUAGACAACUACACCAAGUUUCAGAUAGCUACAUGGGGAUCACUCAUCGUUCACGACCUCAUAUAUUUCGUGCUCUGCCUUCCUGGCUUUAUUUUUCAGUUUAUACCUUUCAUGCAAAGGUUCAAAAUACAACAGGAUAAACCUGAGACAUGGGAGAGUCAGUGGAGGUGCUUCAAAGGGCUUCUUUUCAACCAUUUUUGCAUCCAGCUUCCUCUGAUAUGUGGGAUAUACUAUUUUACAGAAUUUUUCAAUAUUCCCUAUGACUGGGACACCAUGCCUCGGUGGUACAUGCUCGGUGCGCAAUGCUUUGGUUGUGCUGUUACUGAAGAUACGUGGCACUAUUUCUUUCAUCGACUCUUGCACCACAAGAGGAUCUACAAAUACAUCCACAAACCACACCACGAGUUCACGUCUCCUUUUGGAAUGCAAGCAGAGUAUGCACAUCCCCUGGAAAUACUGAUAAUUGGUGUAGGGUUAUUUAUUGCGAUGAUGGUGUUCUGCAAUCACAUCAUUCUGCUGUGGGCAUGGAUGGUGUUCAGAGUGAUGGAAACAAUAGAUGUUCACAGUGGAUAUGACAUCCCUCUGAAUCCCCUACACCUGGUUCCCUUCUACAUAGGAGCACGCUUUCAUGAUUUUCAUCACACGAACCUUGUUGGUAACUACGCCUCAACUUUUACAUGGUGGGACAAGCUCUUCAACACAGAUUCCCAGUACAAUACCUACCAAAACAAACUCAAAUCACAAGAAAGAAAGAAAAAAUAAAUUAAAUCCCACAGAUAGAAACCUGUUUUUUCAACAUACAGAUUGCAAAGUAAUUUUAACAAAUCCUGAACGCUAUAACAAUUAAAGGCAAAGUUAUUUUUGUAAAAACAAAAGACUUGUAUAGCUUGCCUGUGGAUAGAAAUCCUGCAUAACGUUGGAAAUCCU